AUGGCUGGCUGUGAAAACGCUGCUCUGAGGAUCGUUCUGGUAGGAAAGACAGGAAGUGGGAGUGCCACGGCCAACACCAUCCUCGGGGAAAAGAUAUUUGCUUCAAAGAUUUCCAUCCAAGCUGUUCCCAAGACCUGUCAGAGAGCAUCCCGGACAUGGAAGUGGAGAAAACUUGUAGUUGACACUCCUGAGCUCUUUGACACUAAGGAGACCUUGGACACCACAUGUAGAGAAAUCAGCCGCUGUGUCCUCUCCUCCUGCCCUGGGCCUCACGCCAUCAUCCUGGUUCUGCAGCUGGGCCGCUACACAGAGGAAGAGCCAAAGACUGUUGAUUUGAUCAAGUGUCUCUUUGGGGAGGCAGCCAUGAAGUGCGUGAUUGUCCUGUUCACUCGCAAAGAUGAACUUAAGGACAAGAGCCUUGAUGACUUUUUAGAAGAAGCAGACAUAGAGCUGAGCAGCCUCAUCCAGGAGUGUGGGAGCCGCUGCCUGGCCUUUAACAACAGAGCAGGGGAGGCUGAGAAGGAAGAUCAAGUGCAGGAGCUGGUGCAGCUGAUAGAGAGAAUGGUGCAGGGCAACGGAGGGACUUACUUUUCUGAUGACAUAUACAAGGAUGCGGAGGGAAGGGUGAGCCGAUGUCUAAGAGAUUUGGAGAAAGAAUACACGGAUCAAUUCAAUGAGGAUAUCAGAAGAAUAAAACAGGAAUAUUCAUAUGAAUUUAAAGAAAAACAGAGAAAAGUAAAAGAAAUUCAGAGAGUCUAUGAUGAAAAAAUGAGAACUACAAGGGACAGAGUGAGGAGAUGCGUUUAA